AUGCGGAUAGUGGGAGCUACAGAGGGCAGCUCCCCGGGCCCCCCAGCUCCCUGGCACCCCCAGCUCCCCGGGCCCCCCAGCUCCCUGGCCCCCCAGCUCCCUGGGCCCCCCAGCUCCCUGGCCCCCCCAGCUCCCUGGCCCCUCCAGAUCCCUGGGCCCCCCAGCUCCCUGGCUCCCCGGGCACCCCAGCUCCCCGGGCCCCCCAGCUCCCUGGGCCCCCCAGCUCCCUGGCCCCCCCAGCUCCCUGGGCCCCCCAGCUCCCGGGCCCCCCCAGCUCCCUGGGGCCAUACCCCCUUGCUAACCCCCACCCUCAUCAACCUUUUCUACUGCUACCCGGUCCAAGGGCCCCAGAACGUCAACGUGGUGGAUGUGAGGGCACGCCAGCUUACCCUCCAGUGGGAGACCUUCGGCUACACCAUGACGCGUUGCCAUAGCUACAACCUGACGGUGCAGUACCAGUACGUGUUCAACCAGCAGCUGUUCACGGCGGAGGAGCUGAUCCCGGCCUCCUCACACUACACCCUGCUGGGGCUGCGGCCCUCUGUGGCCGUCAGGCUGCGCCUGGUGCUGGCCAACCCAGAGGGCAGCAAGGAGAGCGAGGAGAUCCAGGAGCAGACCGAGGAGGAUGUCCCAGGAGCAGUACCUGUGGAGUCUAUCCAGACCAGUCCGUACGAGGAGAAGAUCUUCAUGCAGUGGAGAGCCCCCAACGAGACUAACGGCAUCAUCACUCUUUAUGAGUCUCUCUCUCUCUCUCUGUCUCUCUCUCUCUCCUCCUGUCUCUCUGCUGCAUGCCGGCCUGGAUCCUCCUGGUUGUUCUUAGUGGUAAUAGGUAGGGGACAAAUAACCACGCCGUAUAUACUAGUCAUCCCCAGUGAAGGUGCAUCCACCCAGGACUCUGAUUCGGUGGAGCCAGAGAAGCAGGUGGACGGUACAAUCAAAAUGGCGGGCGUCAUAGCAGGCAUCCUCAUGUUCGUCAUCAUCCUCCUGGGUGUGGUACUGACCUUCAAACGCAGAGAGAUACACACAUGGAGAACUCUCAGUGUGGGAAGACAUGCUCAUUCCUACUCUUACUACCUGAAGCUGGCUAAGAAGCAGAAGGACCCUGCCCCGGGCAGCACCCCCAGGGAGAUGGGUCCUGUGAGCCGCACGGAGAAGACCAGCACCCUGCAGGAAGACCCCUUCUCCUCCAGCAACCCAGACCUCACCGGCUUCACCUCCCCCUCCCCCUGCUCCUUCUCUGUGCAGGGUAAGACACUACAGAGCAAGUCCCUGCUCAACUCCUACUACUCAGUGUCCAAGGAGCCUGUUCCUGCUACCACAUCUAUAGACAGCAGUCAGCCCUCCCUGGCCCAGGCCAGCCUGACCCUGCAGGGCUUCCCCUACGGAGGAUGUGAGUCUGUGGAGAUGUCCUACCAGGCGGGCCAGUUUCAGCCGGCUAUCCGUGUGGCCGACCUGCUGCAGCAUAUCACCCAGAUGAAGUGUGGUCAGGGGUACGGCUUCAAGGAGGAGUACGAGGGUCUGGCUGAGGGGCAGACGGCACCCUGGGAAACCGCCAAGAAGGACGAGAACCGGAGCAAGAAUCGCUAUGGCAACAUCAUCGCUUACGACCAGACCAGGGUGAGGCUGCAGCUGUUGGAGGGGGAGCCCCACUCCGACUACAUCAACGCCAACUACAUCGACGGGUACCACAGACCCAGACACUACAUCGCUACUCAAGGUCCCAUGCAGGAAACAGUGAGAGAUUUCUGGAGGAUGAUCUGGCAGGAGAACACUGCGAGCAUCGUCAUGGUUACCAACCUGGUUGAGGUGGGCAGGGUAAAGUGUGUGCGCUACUGGCCUGAUGAGACAGAGAUCUACGGCGACAUCAAGGUCACACUGAUAGAGACAGAACCUCUGGCUGAAUACGUCAUCCGAACCUUUACUGUACAGAAGAAGGGCCACCAUGAGAUCCGUGAGAUCCACCAGUUCCACUUCAGCAGCUGGCCGGACCACGGUGUUCCCUGCUACGCCACCGGCCUGCUGGGCUUCAUCCGCCAGGUCAAGUUCCUCAACCCUCCAGAGGCCGGGCCCAUCGUGGCUCACUGCAGCGCGGGCGCGGGCCGGACGGGCUGCUUCAUGGCGGUGGACAUCAUGCUGGACAUGGCGGAGAACGAGGGCGUGGUCGACAUCUUCAACUGCAUCCGAGAGCUGCGGUCACAGAGGGUCAACAUGGUGCAGACGGAGGAGCAGUAUGUGUUCGUGCAUGACGCCAUCUUGGAGGCGUGUCUGUGUGGGAACACGGCCAUCCCAGUGUGUGAGUUCAGAGCGGUCUACUACAACAUCAGCAGGCUGGACUCCCAGACAAACUCCAGCCAGAUCAAAGAUGAGUUCCAGACCCUGAACAUCGUGACACCGCGGGUGCGUGCAGAGGACUGCAGUGUGGGGCUCCUGCCCAGAAACCAGGAGAAGAACCGGAGCAUGGACGUCCUGUCGGCCGACCGCUGCCUGCCCUUCCUCAUCUCUGUAGACGGAGAGAGCUCCAACUACAUCAACGCUGCUCUCAUGGACAGCCACAAGCAGCCGGCAGCCUUCAUCGUGACACAGCACCCGCUCCCCAACACGGUGGCAGACUUCUGGAGGCUGGUGUUCGACUACAACUGCUCCUCCAUCAUCAUGGUGAACGAGAUGGACGCUGCACAGCUUUGUCUCCAGUACUGGCCUGAGAAGAGCUCCUGUUGCUAUGGACCAAUCCAGGUGGAGUUCAUCUCCGCUGACAUCGAUGAUGACAUCAUCAACCGCAUCUUCAGGAUCUGCAACAUGGCGCGGCCCCAGGAUGGUUAUCGUCUGGUGCAGCACUUCCAGUUCAUUGGCUGGCCGGGCUACCGGGAUACGCCCCUGUCCAAGCGCUCGCUGCUGCAGCUGGUGCGCCGGCUGGGGAAGUGGCAGGAGCAGUAUGAUGGAGGAGACGGACGCACUGUGGUGCACUGCCUGACUGGUGGGGGCCGCAGCGGGACGUUCUGUGCGAUCUGCAGCAUCAGUGAGAUGAUCCAGCAGCAGAACAUUGUAGACGUGUUCCACACCGUCAAGACGCUACGCAACAACAAGACCAACAUGGUGGAGACCAUGGAGCAGUAUAAGUUCUGCUAUGAGGUAGCACUGGAGGCUCUCAGCUCCUUCUGAUGGCUACCUCAACGCCAGGACACACCUACUGCAUGGACACCCUCUGUGUGUGUGUGUGUGUGUGUGCGCUCGUGUGUGUGAAAGUGUGUGCAUGUGUUUUAAAAGCAAAGAAACACAUUUUGUACAGAAGAGUCCAGCCUGUGAAGGUGGAUCCCCUCCCCCCCGCUUGUAUAAAGAAUCGCCGAAGAUUCAACCCUUCAGAUCAAGCUCUCCUUUCUCCUGUGUCCGCCUGUGAUGUGAUCUUGUACAGUAUUUCCUUUUUCGGUAUACGCCUUGAAUGUGUUUCGCUUUAUGUAAAUAUAUACAGAUAGACAGGCAGACAGGUAGUCCGAAAGACAUACAGACAGACAGACAGGUAGCCCGUCCAAUAGUCAGUAAGAUAGCCUUACAGACAGACGGUCAGGCUCACGACUCGGCCUGUUCUUGAGAGAGGCUGGUAAACUACCAAACUGACAAAGAGCUGACAUGUUGAAAUAUCUGAGACAGUGGGUUUUGUGGUUCCUGAAUCAACAUCUUUUCUCCCUCACAUAUGAUGACCACUGAACGGAGGAUUCCAUUCCGAUUCCUCCCCGAUUUCACCCUGAUAACAGUCUGAUUUUUCCCCUGAUUACAUCCGGAUUCAUCUCUGAUUCCUCCUUGAUUACAUUAUGAUUACAUCCUGAUUAUAUGCUGAC